AUGGAAGCAGAAACAGAAGUUAUACCUAUCUGGCAGAAUAAGCCCCAUGGAUCAACCCGCAGUGUCGUUAGAAGAAUCGGUUCAACUCUUCCCCUCAAACCUCCUCAAAGGGCAUGUUUCCAGGAACUACCUGGCCUGCCGACUCUUCGUCCUACGGAUGGCCCCCUGGUUCCUUCACUUGCAGACAUAGCCUGGAUUGUUGCUGAUGAAGAGGAGACCUAUGCCAGAGUGAGGAGCGACGCACGUCCUCUGAAACACGAAUGGAGACCCACACCGCUGCUGGUGCUCCACAGGAACUCGUCUGUGCCCAACUUCCGCCGUGAAGGCAAACGAAUGGAGGGGCUCAGGAAGCCUGGGGUGACCGCGAUGAAUCGCACUACAGCCCUACAGGAUGAGCUCAGCAGACUACGGGCUCAGAUUGCCAAGAUUGUGUCAAAUGAUUCUGGCUCCAACUCCCUGACUCCUGACCUGCUCUCCCCCGAUGACACAAGCAUGAGCUUUUCCAUGGCGCCUUUUGAGGCCGCGUCCUACCAGCCAGCCACCAUGGCCCCCGCUUCCUUCGUCAUCAGCGACGUUACAGAAGAAGAGGAGGAGGAGGAGGAGGAAGAGGAGGAUGAGAAAGAUGUUUCUGUGGUGUCAGAGCUCAUCCAUGACCCUAUGCCGCCCGUUUCCAUGACGGCCUCAGCCACAUUUGAUCUGGACAGACCCAGCAUGGACUUCAGGGAGGCAGAAGAGGACACGGUUUCACUCUCCAAAUCCACUAGUUUUGCUGAUGUCACAGACAUACUGAGGGACAUGAACAGAAUGAAGAUGAGCAAAGACAGAUACAACAGAGGCUGCAUGUCGCUCAGAGAGGAGGACUCAGCCACACUGAUUUCUGAAGCUCUCAGGAAAAAGUUUGUGCUGAAGGAAGAAGAUACUGCUUCUGUGAAAAGGAAGUAG